AAUUUUAAAAAAAGUCACUAAAAUUAGUAAAACGCAAGAUGAAUUCGUCUUCCGAAUUAACAGACGCCACUGCAAGUUCAAAAAAGAGCAAGAUAUUGUCUUCCCUAGAUCAGCGAGGGGUUCUGUAUUUUUCCUCCAUACCUCGCGAUAUUCGGCCACAUGAGGUUCGUCUACACUUCAACCGUUUCGGUAAAAUCCUACGCAUGAAAUUUGUGCCUUAUCCCAAAAAAGAACGUCGUCCUGGCGGCCCUCUUUUACCCCUUCAGUACAAGGAAGGGUGGAUGGAGUUCGCAUCCUCGCAGGACGCCAAGUUCGCGGCGGCCGCCAUGAAUGGCAAUCCAGUUGACUGCAAACGCCAACGACGCUGUUAUGGUCAAUUGUGGAUGGUGAAAUAUCUCGAACAUUUUUAUUGGAAUACCCUCUUAGAGGAACAAGAGGGCUGUCGAAGAAUGCGUCGGGCGGCCGAAGUUGAAGCUCGGCAGGCAGAAUGCGAGAUCAAUGAGGCGUAUCGUCGACUCGUCUACUCAUCUGCCUCCCAUUCCUCCUCCUCAGCAACUCGCAGUGGCGGUCGGCAUCCCAAAAGAUCUCGUGAAGACUCUGAGAAAGGAGAUAAAGGCAUUGGUACGACAAAGCGCCAAAAAAAGGCGAUGCAAAAACACGGUUGAACACGCACGUGUGUUAGUGAAGCAUCCGGUGAAAACUGAAGGGGUGGGAUCUAUCCGUAUUGUGCGCUUUGGUCGGGUAAAGACAAAAUCCACUUCACCGAAAGAAACCCUUUUAAAAUGAUAAAACAUAAGGUAGAUGCUAGUAAACAAACACUACCAUUGAUAGAAGUAGGUCUAGUUAUAAUAAAUGUCUGAAAAUACAGAAUUUCCAAAAGGUAGAAGUACCCCUAUUGACAUAACCCCGAAUCAAAUGUGGAUGUAUAUCCUUCAUCUGUAGCUAAUGCAAAACAGUAACUUUAUGCGAUCCGAUUAAGUCACUUAUUAAUAACUAUAUAUAUAUAAGAACUGGUAUAUUAAAAGUGAAACGCACAGAAAAUAAUAUGUGUGGGUGAACUUUUAACUGUACAG